AUGAAUCCAACGUCGCUGUACAUUACGACGUCGCGCCUGGUGUUCCAGGGCAACAUCGCCGAGGAGCUGCCGGAUCUGAACCGACUGCUGCCAUACCUGCGGAAGAGUCUGAGCUGCGUCGUCUGCUGCAAGCUGCUGGUCGAUCCACACAGUCCGUCUGCCGCCGGAUGCCAGCAUCACGUUUGUCGCGUUUGCGUUGGCAAGCGGAAGAAGCUGAAGCCGGCAUGUCGGUUCUGCAAGGAUUUGUUCCUAUACCGGGAAAACACGCAGCUGCGGCUGAUUCUGCAGUGCUACAAAGGCAUCUGCGGGUACAUUCGGUCGCGGCCCAUCUACGAGGAGAUACGCAACUGCGCGUCAAUGCAGGCGGAGGGCGGUGCUACCGGCAAUGUCGGUCGCAGUAGGGCACCCGGACGAUCCAACGGAACCCCUGGAAGUCUGAUGGAUUUGAUUGAAGAGGGCGCGAUGUUCCAGGACGAUUUCAAGUGCAAUUCCGGACUUACAAAAUCGGCCUACUCCAUACUGCCGUGUAUCUAUCCGGCACCAAGCCUCAAUGCGCUGGCAACGUCGGUUGUGGGUGCGAUCCCUGCGACACUCGCCAUACCGCCCACGUCCGUCGCUACCGCGGCAACGAACAAGGGUACGCCGGCACAGAUGCCUCUGGUUCCGUCAGAUGCGGGACCGAGCGCUCGCAAAACUGUUAAACGUACAACGUCUGCUGUGGGGCAGCCGAAGGCAAGCACGAACGAACAGCAGAGCCAGUUGCCACAAUCCUUGCCUGCCCAACCGAACGAUCUGAACAAUCGUGCGUUGAGAACGGCUGCAGAAAAACCACCGAAACCGGGGCCGCAAAAGCGGAAGCAGCAACAGCAACAGCCGAAUCCAACGGUAUCAAAACAAAUGAAAACUGGUGAACAUCUUCCAGAGCCAGAGAAAAUGGACCAGAGCGAUUUGCUAGCAAAGCCUCAGCAGCCGCUCCAGCAGCAGGAGAAGCAGCCCGUGUCGGAUCAAGGGCAACCUAAUGAACCGGUCCAACCAAAACAGCCGAAACAGCGGAAGCAACAGAAAGAACCGAAAGAACCGAAAGAACCGAAGAAACGAAAGAUCCAGCAGCCGCAGCAAAAGUGUGCGAAUCCUAAGCUCCAGACGCCACUGGAACAGGCUCCACAGCAGCAGAGUAAGGUGCAAGUGCAGGUUGAACAACAGCAGGUUCAAAAUCCACCGAAGCAACGGCAGCCGAAGUCGGAACAACAUCAACCGCAGCAACAGCAACAGCAACAACCACCCAAACUGCAACUAACACAACAAUCAAAGCCGCAGGAGCGGAAACAACCAAUGGGUCUGCCAGUACCAGUGCAACAGAAACAGGUGCAAAUUCAGCCACAUCAAUCGCAACAAAUGCUGGAUUCCACGCCCAAUCCGCAACAAAUUAAGCCACAGCCGCUGGCGCAGGAGCACAAGUGUGAAGAGGUUAUAAAGAAAGAGGAAGAUGGGCAGCUUAGCGCAACAACUGUAUCAACAGCAGCAAGUGCAAGUACAGCUACAGCUACAGUCACAGCAGCAGCAGCAGCAGCAGCAACUACAAGUGCAACAACAGCAGCAACAACAGCUACACAGCAGCAGCAACCGCAACAGCAGCAGAACCAACAGCAGCAGAAGCAACAGCAGCAACUGCAACAACCUCAACAACAACAGCAGCAGCUGCAGAAGCAGCCACAACAACAACCGCAGCUGCAACAACAGCAACAAGUACAGCCACAGCCAGAGCCACAACAACAUCAACAGCUACACCAGCAACGACAACAAUUGCAACAACAGCAACAGCAGUAUCAGGAUCAGCAGCAACAAAAGCAACAGGCAGAGCAUCCGCAGCAACAGCAACCGCAGAUGAAUUUGCUACAGCAUCAACAGCAGCAGCAGCAGCAGCAGCAACAGCAGCAACAACAACAACAGCAGCAGCAGCAGAGACCAGCACAACAAGCGCAACAACUCGCGCAAGCGCUGAAGCGAAAAGGCUGCCGCUGCGGCAAUGCAACACCGACGCCGGGCAAACUUACCUGCUGCGGCCAACGGUGUCCUUGCUACGUGGACUCCAAGUCCUGCGUCGAUUGCAAGUGCCGGGGCUGCCGCAACCCUCACCGUGCCGAUGGACUAAAGCUGCCCACCCUCUCCAGCUAUGACGCCAACAUCUCGCGCAUGCUCGACCUGGACAGCGUCAUCGACCUGUGCGACGGCUUCGAUUCCAGUCUUAUCUCAAUCGACUGAUCGGGGUGGUAUCACACCAGCAAGGCGCCUACUGCAUCCUUUUAUUUAU